UCUUUCUUUCUUGCUUUCUUUAUUUAAGGCCUCUAAUGUGGCGGCUUCAUCUGUAAUCUACCGAACCAGUUCCUUCCACAAUGGGCAAAGCUUCUAGUUCUUCCUCCUCUUCAAUCACCAGCUGCAGGAACAACCCUUCCAAUUCAACUGCAUCCUCUCUCACACACCAACACAGCCAACACCUUCGCACAGAUCUUAGGCUUGGACUCAGCAUUUCCGCCACUCAACAUGUUGCCUCUUCCAGUUCAGGGGGGCAUUGGCAACCGAUGCAGCCACAUCUAAGCAGUUAUUCACAAGCUACUGAAGUUAAUGAUUGCAGCGAUCAUACGAGCUUCUUUGUGAAGGUUUACAUGGAAGGCAUUCCAAUUGGUAGAAAACUCAAUUUGUUAGCUCAUGAUGGCUAUCACGAGUUAGUGAAGACCCUUGAACAAAUGUUUGACACCACCAUUUUGUGGGGGACUGAGAUGGAUGGAGUUCAACAAGAGAGAUGCCAUGUUCUAACUUAUGAAGAUGGAGAAGGAGAUUUGAUCAUGGUUGGGGACGUUCCAUGGGAGAUGUUCCUUUCGGCUGUAAAAAGGUUGAAGAUCACAAGGGUUGAGACAUUUGGGUGAUAAAUGUUACAAUAUGACAAAAGACUGGUUCUUUUUGUGACUUAAAUUUAGUCCUGAGACUCAAUGUCAGUAGUCAUCCUUAUCAAAGUGGUGUAUAUUCUUAGUAUGUUUGGAUAUUGAAAAGGG